AUGAUGUUCAUCCAAGACUUCCUGGGCAACGACUUAGGAGUGGCGGAUCCUGGCUUCCAGGAUCCCGAGAACGCCGUCAUCAUUUUCGAUUGGGAUGACACGUUGCUCCCCACGACGUACAUCCUGAACACGGUGAUUCCCUCUUUGCCUGAGGAAGAUCGCGCUGGAGUUAUUCCAGAGUCUUCGCCUCACCAGGCGACGCUCGCUGCCCAUGCGCAUCUUGUGGGGUUUCUGGUGCGAGCGGCACGAAAGGUGGCCCGUGUGGCGAUUGUGUCCAACUCCCUGAGCCCCUGGGUGGAGGCAUCCUCAGCCCGGUACCUUCCAGGACUUGACUUGGAGGGCCUUCUCCAGGAAUUGGAUGUGCCUAUAUACUAUGCUCGCAGGCAUCUGCCAAACAUAUCCGUCACCUACAAGGUGAACAAGUGGGACGUCCACCUGGAUCGUUCCUCUGGUGGUCGCAUCGGCGUGGACAUCAUCCCGGAGUUCGACGGCUCGUUGGCCGUUGCACGCAUCGAGGAUGGUGGCUUGAUGGACGCUUGGAACAAGCAGCAUCCAGACCAGGAAGUGCAGCCUGGGGAUCGCUUCCAAGAGGUGAAUGGCUCCAACCAGCAUUUGGCAGCUGAGUGCCGGAAGAUGCAGCCCUUGCGGAUCACUGUGUAUCGGGCCGUGCCAGACCGGGACCCCUAUGUCGAGGCCAAGCGCAUUGACAUGGUGGCAUGCUUGGAGAAGUUUUACGGGCGACACCCGGAGUGGCGACAGAACGUCCUUUCCAUUGGCGAUGCUUGCACAGAGCAGCAAGCCAUCAAGGAGGUUCUCCACCAGGAAGCAAACGCUUCGGAGAGGUCGACGAAUGCGAGACUGCCCCUUUGCAAGACAGUGAACCUCAUUGAUACUCCGACGCUGGAACAGCUCAGCAACGAGCUGCGAAUCUUAUUGGUCUGGCUGUCACACAUGGUGCAGUACCACAAGGACUUUGACCUGUUCAUGGACCAGCUGGACGACUUGGAAGCGGAACUCUUUAAAGCUUGA